AUGGGAAAACACUGUGCACGGGUGAUGCUUGCUGUCACGUGGGUGGCCCUUGUGGGGUGUUUUGAUGUGACACUGGCUUUCAAGGACUGUGUCGAGGCUGAUAGUCCCCUGUCGUGCUACGGAGCUAAAAUGUUUCGUAACGUAAUGAAGCGGUUGACGCGAGAAAAAUCCCUUCGGCUUACGCCAGGAGUGGAAGUGAUAGCAGUUGGCGGGGACAACAAUGAGGAACAGCAGCGGUCUAUCAACGAGAUCGGCGACGAACGGGAAGGAAUAUUCGAUAGAAUUGGCCGAUAUUUAACCACUCAUGAACUUAAAAUUAACGUGGGUGAAAUACUGCGAAGAGGUGACAUUCAGGAUGUGGUUCGGUCGGUGUUCGGCACUGUUCAGCGAGAGCUGCUAGCGAAUAUUGAAGAGGGCCGCAAAAAGGACAAAGGAGGCUUGGGCGCCGUCAUGAUGAUGGGCGUCAUGAUGAGUAAACUGCUCGGUGCCAUCGGGUUCGGCAGUGUUGCCAUGCUUGCGAUGAAGGCACUUGGCGUUUCCAUCAUUGCGCUGGUAAUGUCCACCAUUAUCGGACUUAAGAAGCUCACGGAAGGAAGUGGAGACAGUAAAGGGCGCCAGGAUUCGAACAUUCGCGUCACCGCGGGUGAGCCGAUCCACCGCAAUGGUUACGACGAUUAUGGUGUUGGAAAUCGCAAACGGCGACGGCGACGGUCGACGGAGCAUCUGCCUUACCGUGGGUGGAGUGAAAAUUCGAAAUAG